GCCGAGUGGAGGGCCAGGUCGGUCGAGAUCGCAGGGCAGUGCUGACAGAGAUAUUAGCACCAUGGUGGCUUGUGAUUUAUCACCAGAAGAAUUUGCACCGUGUCUCAGGCCACCCUGCCCCAGUAAUAGCACCUCACUGUGAACAUGAACCCUUCUGUAACCCACUCGAGCAGCAAGGACUAUUCAGAGCAAACACCCUCGCUAUGAACACGAGCCCUUCUGUAACCCACUGGAGCAGCAAGGACUAUUCAGAGCAAACACCCUCGCUAUGAACACGAGCCCUUCUGUAACCCACUGGAGCAGCAAGGACUAUUCAGAGCAAACACCCUCGCUAUGAACACGAGCCCUUCUGUAACCCACUGGAGCAGCAAGGACUAUUUAGAGUGAACACAAUGGAGCCCGGGCAGCAGAGCCUGCAGUCCCAGCACAGACUGGGAGCCGCUAGUUUCACUUUAGCUGCACUGAGGUCCCGGAAGACUGGCGGUCUGCGUAGAAAAUGGUCCUCGAGGCCCGAGCCUCAGCAGAAAGCCCCCCCUGCCCCCCCUUCCCCUCCUCCUCCUCCUCCUCUGCCCCCUGAGCCGGUCGACCCCCCCGAACCUGAGGAGGAGAUCCUGGGCUCCGACGAUGAGGAGCAGGAGGACCCAGCCGACUACUGUGCAGGUGGGUACCACCCUGUGAAGAUCGGGGACCUCUUCAACGGACGCUACCAUGUGAUCCGCAAGCUGGGAUGGGGCCACUUCUCCACCGUGUGGCUGUGCUGGGACAUUCAGGGAAAGGGGUUUGUGGCCAUGAAGGUUGUAAAGAGUGCCCAGCAUUACACAGAGACAGCUGUGGAUGAGAUUAAACUGCUCAGAUGUGUUCGAGAGAGUGACCCCAGAGACCCCUACAGGGACAUGGCGGUGCAGCUCAUCGACGACUUCAAGAUUUCAGGAGUCAACGGGAUCCACGUGUGCAUGGUGUUUGAGGUGCUCGGGCAUCACCUGCUGAAAUGGAUCAUCAAGUCCAACUACCAGGGCCUUCCCCUCCCGUGUGUCAAAAGCAUCAUUCGCCAGGUGCUGCAGGGUCUGGAUUACCUACACAGUAAGUGUAAGAUCAUCCACACGGACAUCAAGCCAGAGAACAUCCUGAUGUGUGUGGACGAUGCCUUCGUGAGGAGGAUGGCAGCCGAGGCGACAGAGUGGCAGAAAGCAGGGGCGCCCCCUCCUUCUGGCUCUGCAGUGAGCACAGCACCUCAGCUAAAGCCAGUUGGAAAGAUCUCCAAGAACAAGAAGAAGAAGCUGAAGAAGAAGCAGAAGCGUCAGGCGGCGCUGCUGGAGAGGAGGAUGCAGGAGAUCGAGGAGCUGGAGCGGCAGGCGGAGCUCACCAGAGCCCAGGAGCUGCUGCUGCAGAGCGGGAGCCCCACCCACACAGAGCAGGGGGAGGGCAGCCCUGCCACACAGCACCCCCGCCAGGGCACUGCACUCCACCCAGAGAGAGGAGGAGGAGGAGGAGGAGGGAGCAUCUCCUCAUACGAAUCAGGUCAUCAUUCCCUGAGCUGUUGUUUUGUGUCUCUGUGUAUGUUAGACAAAGCAGAGGAGUGGUGUGGGGAGAAGCAGGACCAGGAGAAGGAGGAGGAGGAGGAGGAGGUGGAGGUGGUUUGGGAAGGAGAGGUGGUGGGAGGAGGAGAUGCCUCCUCAGCAUGGGAGAGGGAACAGCAAAAAGAGGCCUUCUCCGAGCAAACUACAGCCUGGAUUAACAGCCCUGCUGCCCUCAUUCUUGCCUCUACCCCUACCCUUACCCCUACCCAUAUCCUCGCACCCACCCUCACCCCUACCCCUACUCUCACCCCCACCCUCACCCCAAUCCUCACCCCUACCCCUACUCUCACCCCCACUCUCACCCCAACCUCCACCCCAACGCUCACCCCUACCACUACUCUCACCCCUACCCAUAUCCUUCCACCCACCCUCACCCCUACUCUCACACCAACCCUGCUCCCUUGCACUGCCAUCGACACCCCCAAGACUAACGGGCACGUGGUUCUGGGGAACGGGCCCUUCUCCCUGGCAGGAGAGCAGGAGGAGGAGGAUGAGGAUGAGGAAGAUGAGGAGGAGGAGGAGGAGGAGGAGGAGGAGGAGACAGAGCAGGAGAGGGGGGGCUGCCCCAGUGCCGAAGCAGAGCAUAGCAGCUUGGACGGCCGCUGCUCUUACAGCAGCUCUUACGAACACUUCAAUGGAGAGGCACUCCGGCCACCCAAUGGCCGACACCGCGGCUCCUCCCCACGCUUCCAAGACUUCGAGACACCGCCGCCUUGCGGAGCAGACUCCUCCAAUGGCACCGAGCGCGAGGGCAGCAGCCUGUCCUGGGACCGCAGCAGAACUGUGUCAGCUUCUAGCACCGGGGAACAGCCCAAGAACAAGACCCGCGCUGCCGACCUGCUGGUGAACCCCCUGGACCCUCGCAACGCAGACACCAUCCGCGUGAAGAUCGCCGACCUCGGCAAUGCCUGCUGGGUGCACAAGCACUUCACUGAGGACAUCCAGACCCGGCAGUACCGCUCUAUCGAGGUUCUGAUCGGAGCCGGCUACAGCACACCCGCAGACAUCUGGAGCACCGCCUGCAUGGCAUUUGAGCUGGCGACAGGAGAUUACCUGUUUGAGCCUCACUCUGGAGAAGAUUACUCCAGGGACGAAGACCACAUAGCACACAUCAUUGAGUUGCUAGGCAGUAUCCCACGGCACUUUGCUCUGUCUGGAAAAUAUUCUCGGGAGUUCUUCAACCGCAGAGAUCACAUUGCAUUGAUCAUUGAACUGCUGGGAAAACUCCCCCGAAAGUUUGCUAUGUCUGGGAAAUAUGCCAAGGAGUUUUUCACCAAGAAAGGGGAGCUGCGGCACAUCACCAAGCUGAAGCCCUGGAGCCUGUUUGAUGUUCUGCUGGAGAAGUAUGGCUGGCCAGCUGAGCAGGCAGCCCACUUCACUGACUUCCUGCAGCCCAUGCUGGAGAUGGUGCCGGAGAAGAGGGCGUCAGCAGGGGAGUGCCUCACACACCCCUGGCUCAGCUCCUAGCAGCAGCCCCCCCUGGGGCAGGGACCAGCCCUGUUUCUAAGAGACACACCCUGUGCCCCCACCCCCCCACGUAAGCGUAUCCUGAGGGAGCAGGACAGCCAUGCUCAAUGAUGCAGACUUUCCAGUGUAACAUUUUUUGUGCCCGGCGAGCUGGAGGGGAAGGGAGAUGUGAGGCGGGGCGGCGCACCCACCCCUCUAGGACACUUUAAACGGGCUGACUUGGUUUUCUCUCUGUCUCUGUGUGUCUUGUGUUGUUGUGUGUGCACUAAAAAAAAAAAAAAAAAAAAAAACCAACAACAGCAAAGUGUCUGAUUUCUGAACCUAGUUAACAAAGAAAAAAAAAUUCCAAGUGUUUUUGGCAGUUUUUUGUAACUAUGAAUAUUUUAGCUGCUAAUGUAUUAAAUGGUGAAGAUUGGCAGGCAGGGAGGUGGAGGGGCUGGACCACAGUGAGCAUGCGUUUCCACAGGACCAGGAAUCACAAGCUGCGUUUGCAUGUUCCUGAUAUUGCCUGCAUUUGAAUGGGGCUGUUACAGGUGCAGUGCAUACACACAAUUUUAUGACUCUAUCUUUCCCAUUUGAACAAAAAGGGAGAAGGGAGAGGGGGGAGGGCACGGCUGUCUCACCCACAGCCCCUCUACUCAGCUCCUGAGUCAGAGCAGGACCGGUCUCUCUCACACACACACACAGCCCCUCCACUCAGCUCCUGAGUCAGAGCAGGACCGGUCUCUCUCACACACACACACAGCCCCUCCACUCAGCUCCUGAGUCAGAGCAGGACCGGUCUCUCUCUCUCACACACACGCACAGCCCCUCCACUCAGCUCCUGAGUCAGAGCAGGACCGGUCUCUCUCUCACACACGCGCACAGCCCCUCCACUCAGCUCCUGAGUCAGAGCAGGACCGGUCUCUCUCUCACACACGCGCACAGCCCCUCCACUCAGCUCCUGAGUCAGAGCAGGACCGGUCUCUCUCUCACACACGCGCACAGCCCCUCCACUCAGCUCCUGAGUCAGAGCAGGACCGGUCUCUCUCUCACACACGCGCACAGCCCCUCCACUCAGCUCCUGAGUAAGAGCAGGACCUGUCUCUCUCUCACACACGCGCACAGCCCCUCCUCUCAGCUCGAGUCAGAGCAGGACCAGUCUCAGAGUGUCUUCCUGUUAAAACUUUAUAUCUUGUGCUUCCCUCUCACUGCCACUGAGAGAGGCAGAGGCAGUGUGCUGCUCUCUCUGCCAUGUGGAUGCAGUGCUGGGGAGGUUGGGUUUUGCUCGUCUGCGCCUUGCCUCAGCGGAUUGCAUGUCCCUGGGUGUGUGUGUUUGCACAAGCAGAUUCACUCAGUGAGAACUCUUUGCAAGCCCUCUGGUGGUUCUGAGAUGUACUGCAGCUGAGGCCCCCUCUUUAUAGACCAUUCCACUCCAAAGCCCUGCUGACUGUGCCGUGUGUGCCCCCCCCCCCCCUUGGCUCUGGCAAUCCUGUUAUAGUGGAGGUAUGGUUCUACAAUGACUGAACUGAGCAUGAUGACAAAUAACAUUUUGUAUGUGUAGAGCUGCUAUUUUGUCACAAAAAAAUCCUUUGUAUGGUAUUUUAUUUUCCUUUCUUGUUCUAGUUAACAAAAGAAAAUAUUGAAAAAGUACAAGUUUGUAUGUUAUAUGAAGCUGAAGGGUGAGGGGGUUUUCAAGAGGCCUGCAUCUGUGGCAGUGUUCUUCUCAUUGCCCCGUUACACAUGCAUUGCAAUCUAUGCCCCCCCCCCAGUAACAUUACGAGGAAGGUGCCCUGGUCUUUGUAUCUGCUAUUGGAUUCACAGUGCUCUGGUCAUUGUAGCUGCUGUCAGGGAUUCACGGUGCUCUGGUCUUUGGAGCAUUGUAUAUAGGAAUUAUUUUUUCAUGCCUCCUCUCAAGGUUUUACUAUGAUGUUAAACUGCAUUCCUGGAGCGUGUCUGCUGGCAGCAUAGCGCCCUCUAGUGUGCGGGGGAGUGGCUCCUGAUUAUCACACACCCUUUUCAAGCCCCAUCAACACUCCCUCAUUACAAUUGUCCAUUUGCCUAUUUUUGCAAUAAACUAGAGGGUGAAAUAUUUAAAAAUAAAAUCUCUGGUGUUGUGACAGUAAUGUGUGUGUGUUGAGGUGCUCCUGUUUGUCUAAUGCACUGUUGUGGGGGGUUUAUUUUGCCCUCACCCUCUAUGAACUGUGCUGCUCACUAGAAUGUGUGUGAUCAAUCAAACUAUUUGCAAUAAUAAUAAUAAUAUUAUUGUCAUGAACAACAGUAAUCUGAACGAUACAGCUCACAGCAGACUCUCCUGCUGUCACUCUCAGCCAUGCCGUCUGUUCUUCCUGACAGGCACAGAGACAAGUCUUCUUUCUGUUCUGGUUUUCAUUAACAGAUUUAAUAAAUUGAAUUUAAACCAAA